AUGUGCUGUGUGUCAUGGUUUGCAAAAGCAUGUUCCAAAAAUGUGAAAAACAGCGAAGGCACAUCUGCAACCUUUCAAAAUGAAGAAGUCAGUGUCAGACUAGUUGAUAAACAUGAUGAAGAGGAAGAAGAACUACUAUUUAUUAAUUCUAUGGACUCAAUUAAUUUAAAAAGCUCUUGGUAUGAACAAAUUUAUGUUGAAGGUAAAAUUGUUAAAUUUAAAUUAGACAGUGGCUCCAAUAUGUGGCACAUCGUCUUUCUAGCAGUAUUUCCAUGUAUAAUUAGCGCCGGUGUUAAACCACUGGAAUCUCUGGAAGAUGGAUCACUUUGGAGAGAGAGGAUCGCAGACGCCCUUUUAUCAGACGACGAUGAUUUUUCUAGUGAAAAUUCCCAGAUUUUUCGCCAUCGAUACCCCUACCAAAUCGUAGAAAAUACAGAACCGGACUUGUCCAUGUAUCCUCGCCGUCCGUCCGGCAAACGGGCACUAGCGAUGUUCGCGCGUUGGGGCUCGAUCAACGGCAUCGGUAAAAAUAGGCCGCCGAUUAGAGCCAGCAAUCUCUUCGAUUCAGACGACCAACUCAGCACGAACAGCAGGAGAAUGCAAGGCCAGCCGCUCAGAUGGGGUUAAAGACGUUUGGAAGGUAGAAGAUACAGCGAUUAGGGCGGUUUGAGGUCUUAGAACUAAGAUACGGAGGAAGAAAAUACGCUUAAUUUGGUUAAAAAAAUGUUUCUGGUGACUUAACUGUAAUAUUAAUUUGUAUUUUGGAAAAUUUAGAUUUUGGUAAAAAAAUAAUAUGACUAUUUUGUAGAUAACGCUUGAGGAAUGAUGGAUAGCAACUCCAAAUCCUUACAUUUAACACAUAUUAUGAUGAAAUAAAUGAUUGAGUAC